AUGAGCUCCCAAAAAUAUGCAUUCCUUCCCAUGGAUGAUGGCGAAGUUGGCCCUCAAAAAGUAACAAAGGAAAAGAAGCGCCGCAGCCACCGCAAAGAUCGCGAUGACGACCGACACAGAGACCGCGACGAUAGACCCUCCAAAUCCUCAAGGCAUCGCCAUCGCAGCCGCUCCAAAUCUCCCCGCCCUUCUCAGAACGACCACUCCAAGUCCUACCGCAAGCGCGACGACAAGGUCACGUUCGACGACCGUUGGGCUGACGAGGCGCCUCCCUCUGACGAUCCUGAUCAAGGCGAAGAAGAGCCCGAGUUUGAAGAAUCAGCCAGCAAGCGAGUGAAGCUACAACAUCAAGAGCCCGCUGACGAGGACCUCUCUGACGGCGCCAAAGAAGAGCGUGAUCGUCGGCGCGAUCAAGACGAACGAGAAGCCUUCUCGAAGCGCUUAAAAGAAAAGGAUGACUCGCGCUCAAAAAAGGGGCAUCGUGAUGGUGAGGUCACAGCAAGAAGGCGUCUGGGUGAUGACGCCGCUGCACGGGACGCUGCUCUCCCCGAUAUACGCGAACGGUCGCGACAAGAAUACCUCAAGAAGCGAGAGACGGAGCGCCUAGCCUUGCUGCGCAAACAAGUCGCUGAAGAAACAGCUGAGCUUCAGAGCGGUGUCCGACUAUCCGACAGAGAACGAGCCGACUUCGCAAAGAAUAGGGAGAUCCUGCGCCUGGCCGAAGAACGGCUCAAGAUUGACGACCACCGCGAUGGCUAUGUUAUGCCCGAGGACUACCUCACAGAAAAGGGCAAGAUGGAUAGGAAGAAAAAAGAAGAAGCUCUAUACAAACGCUACGUGGAAAAAGACGAAUUCGGCCAGGAAAAGUUUGUCACAGAGCACGAGGAAUGGGAGCGCGAGCAGACGCUCAAGGCCAAGGCGCAGAUUUCUCGGCCUGAGCUCCAAAACACAGAAUACGAUUAUGUCAUGGACGACAGCCAAUACAUCAAUUGGAGUCUCGAUUCGCGCAUGCCCAGCGAGCGGGAUACCAUGACGGCUGAACAGCGCUUCAUGGAGCAGCAGCUCGACGCGGCAGAGAAAAAGGCCCUGACGAUGCAGGAAACGCGAAAGAGCCUCCCAAUCUACCAGUACCGAGACGAAUUCCUGGCUGCCCUCGAGCAGCACCAGGUCUUAGUAAUUGUCGGUGAAACCGGUAGUGGUAAAACGACACAGCUGCCCCAAUAUCUCCACGAGGCGGGCUAUACCAAAGGCGGCCUCAAAGUUGGCUGCACGCAACCGCGCCGAGUCGCAGCCAUGAGUGUGGCUACGCGUGUCGCCGAAGAAGUCGGCGUCAAGGUUGGCAACGAAGUCGGCUACUCGGUUCGUUUCGAGGAUUGCACAAGCGACAAAACGGUCCUCAAGUACAUGACUGAUGGUAUGCUGCUGCGAGAAUUCAUGACGGAGCCCGAUCUAGGCGGCUAUUCCGCUCUCAUGAUUGACGAGGCCCACGAGCGUACUGUCCAUACUGAUAUUCUAUUGGCCUUGCUCAAGGAUCUCUCCCGCGAGCGCAAGGACCUGAAGCUGCUUAUUUCUUCCGCCACCAUGAAUGCCGAAAAGUUUGCCUCGUACUUUGACGACUGUCCCAUUUUCAACAUUCCCGGCCGUCGCUACCCUGUCGACAUUUACUACACCCCCGCCCCCGAGGCCAACUACCUCGCCGCCGCCAUCACCACCGUCUUCCAAAUUCACACGACCCAGGACAAAGGCGACAUCCUCAUCUUCCUUACUGGUCAGGACGAGAUUGAGGCGGCCGAGCAGGAAAUCGCCGAGACGGCUAAGAAGCUCGGCAGUCGCGUCAAAGAGCUCGUCAUCUGUCCCAUCUACGCCAACCUGCCGUCGGAGCUGCAGACGAAGAUCUUUGAGCCGACGCCAGCCAACGCGCGCAAGGUCGUCCUGGCGACCAACAUUGCCGAGACGAGUUUGACCAUUGACGGAAUCGUCUACGUAAUUGACCCUGGCUACGUCAAGGAAAACAUGUACAACCCCGCCACGGGCAUGUCCAACCUCAUCGUAGUGCCAUGCUCGCGCGCCUCGGCCAACCAGCGCAGCGGUCGUGCCGGCCGUGUCGGCCCCGGUAAGUGCUUCCGGCUGUACACCAAAUUCGCCUACAUGAAUGAAAUGGACGAGUCUACGACGCCCGAGAUUCAGCGCACCAACCUCAACAGCGUCGUGUUGCAGCUCAAGUCGCUCGGCAUCAACGAGCUGCUGGAUUUCGAGUUCAUGGACCCGCCGCCGACGGAAGCCCUCAUCGGCGCCCUUAACCAACUCUUUGCCCUGCAGGGGCUCAACCACCGCGGCGAGCUGACCAAGCUGGGCCGACAGAUGGCCGAGUUUCCCACGGACCCGAUGCUGGCCAAGGCGGUGCUGGCGGCAGACAAGGAGGGCUGCGUGGACGAGGUGCUCGCCAUCGUGUCCAUGCUCGGCGAGGCCUCGGCGCUCUUCUUCCGGCCCAAGGACAAGAAGAUCCACGCCGACAGCGCGCGCAACCGCUUCACAGUCAAAGACGGCGGCGACCACGUCACGCUCCUCAACGUGUGGAACCAGUGGGUGGACAGCGACUACUCGCCCAUCUGGUCCAAAGAGAACUUUUUGCAGCAGCGCUCGCUGACGCGGGCGCGCGACGUGCGCGACCAGCUGGCCAAGCUAUGCGAGCGCGUCGAGGUGGCCCCCUCGACGUGCGGCGCGAGCAACCUGCGGCCCAUCAAGCGCGCCAUCACCGCCGGCUUCUUCCCCAACGCGGCGCGCCUGCAGCGCAGCGGCGACUGCUACCGCACCGUCAAGAGCAACGCCACCGUGUGGGUGCACCCCAGCAGCGUCUGCAUGGCCGUCGACCCGCCCGAGAAAAUGGUCGUCUACUUUGAGCUCGUCCAGACCACCAAGGAGUACAUGCGCAGCGUCAUGCCCAUCGAGCCCGCCUGGCUCGCCGAGCUGGCGCCCCAUUUUCACAAGAAAAAGGACAUUGAGCAGCUCGAGGACAAGAAGAUGCCCAAGCAGCGGUAG